UGUUUUUUGAGGAAUUAAAGAUUCAUAGAAAAUAGUGUCGUUUCAAAUGUAGUUGCAUAGGUUGGUUGAGUCGUUGUAAUAAGGUAGGAAAGGGGAGGGCAGGAAUGGCAGGGAAAGGAGGAGGGUUUAACAUGAGAUAAUGGUGUUCUCGACAGAAUGGAGCACUCCACAGAAACCAAGGAAGAUUUGCUUUAAUCUCGGAAUCUCGGGUCUAUUUAUUGGUAGAUAGCUGAAUGAAAUGACAACCGAAUAGACCUCACUCUAAGCCAAACUUAGUUUGCAGCUGUGCUCGUGUGCAAGCUGAGCUGUCACAGGAAUCUCUGAACUCAGAUGGGUCAGGCACUGUGGAGGCUGCCACCCAGACAACAGCAGCAGCUUCAGGAAGAGCUUGUGGACCGACUGGCUGACACAGGAAGAGCCAGACAAGAGCAAGGGAGGGAUGUACGGCCACUUCGAAGAAUCCCUCAACAUUGCUAUGGCCCCGACAUCUACCAUCUUCUGAAAACACGCAGAGGAGGUAAAGAACAAAAUGGUUUUAUAGAUUUGGAAAUGCUACCACCAGAGUUGGGAAUCACCAUCUUGUCGUAUCUGAACGCUACUGAUCUAUGUCUGGCCGGGUGUGUGUGGCAGGACCUCGGACAUGAUGAAUAUCUGUGGCAGGGCCUCUGCAAGUCCACAUGGGGUCACUGCUCCAUCUACAACAGAAGGCUGCCUGCUGGUUUCUCGUAUAGAAGACUAUAUCUACAGCUAGAUGAAGGCAGCCUUACGUUCAACGCCAACCCGCAGGAGGGUAUCUCUUAUUUCAUGUCGAAAGGCAUACUCGUGGAUCACCCCAAAGAGCAGGCCAAGUUCAUCUUUUACACCCGACGGCUCAACUGGAAGAUGCUGAGAAUUUACCUAGAUGAGAGGCGGGAUGUUUUGGACGAGCUGGUGACCCUUCACAACUUCAGCAAUCAGUUCCUCCCGAAUGCUCUGAGGGAUUUCUUCAGACACAUUCAUGCACCCGAGGAGAGAGGAGAGUAUCUGGAGACACUCAUCACCAAAUUCAGCCACAGGUUUUGUACCUGUAACCCGGGUCUUGUCCGAGAGCUGGGUCUCAGUCCUGAUGCCGUGUAUGUGCUGUGCUACAGUCUCAUCCUGCUGUCCAUUGAUCUGAGCAGCCCUCACGUCAAAAACAAAAUGUCCAAGAGGGAAUUCAUCAGGAACACUCGCAGAGCAGCCCAUAACGUCUCGGAUGACUUUGUGGGCCAUCUCUAUGACAACAUUUAUUUGAUUGGCCACGUGGCUGCGUAGUUCAUCUUACCGGCUGUCUAUGUCGAAAUCCUGAUAAUGCACUGAAGAAUAGGAACCGGUGGGUCGGUUCCUAUGUACUGUAUCUCUUUGAAAUAUUUAUACCGAAUUUUUCAAACAAAUACAACGUAGCCACUGUACUGUGUGAGAGAUGCUGCCACCAAAUUGAUCUGAAUGUUCUGAGAUUUGGGAAAAGGACGAUGGGUUGAAUUGAAAACCACGAAGAUAAGCUCUGA